GCCGUGACGUCACUUCCGUCCGGGCCUGGCCGGGAUUCGGGUUCCGUGGGCCGCGGGAGGUACGGAGGUGGCAGCUGUGGAAGGCGGCGGCGCGGGAGGCCGAGCAGCUCGAGCCCGGACCGAUCUUGCGUCCGGGGCCGCCAGCCCUGAUCCUGCAGCGCUCGGGAGGCGAGACCGGCCGGAUGGGCCGCUGAGCCCGAGGCGGGGACCGUGUGGAGCCCCCUGGAGCUAAAAUCAGGAUGUUCCGCUUCAUGAGGGAUGUGGAGCCUGAGGAUCCCAUGUUCCUGAUGGACCCCUUUGCUAUUCACCGUCAGCAUAUGAACCGGAUGUUGUCAGGUGGCUUUGGGUACAGCCCCUUCCUCAGCAUUACGGAUGGCAACAUGCCAGGGACCAGGCCUGCCAGCCGCAGGAUGCAGGCUGGGGCCGUCUCUCCCUUUGGGAUGCUGGGAAUGUCGGGUGGCUUCAUGGACAUGUUUGGGAUGAUGAACGACAUGAUCGGAAACAUGGAACACAUGACUGCUGGAGGCAACUGCCAGACCUUCUCAUCCUCCACAGUCAUCUCCUACUCCAAUACGGGUGACGGUGCCCCCAAGGUCUACCAGGAGACGUCAGAGAUGCGCUCGGCACCAGGCGGGAUCCGGGAGACUCGGAGGACUGUGCGGGACUCGGACAGUGGACUAGAGCAGAUGUCCAUUGGACAUCACAUCCGAGAUCGGGCUCACAUCCUCCAGCGCUCCCGAAACCACCGCACAGGGGACCAGGAAGAGCGGCAGGACUACAUCAACCUGGAUGAAAGCUGUCCACAGGUGGUGUCUGGUCUAUGUCCUCUUCAGGUGAGGCCGCAGCAUUUGAUGAUGAAUGGCGGAGAGAGACCUCCCGAUUCCGGCAGCAGCGCCCUCUGGAAUUUCGAAGGCAUGAGGCUUCAGGGGGUGGAGGCCGAAGGACCGAAGGGCCUCCCCGCCUGGCCAUACAGGCACCUGAGGACUCCCCCUCCCGACAGUCCCGCCGCUAUGACUGGUGAGGGCCCUGGGCCCUCAGCCUCUCUUGACUCCUCAAAUACUUCCAGACACAACCAAACUUCCAUCUUACUGGCCUUGAAUCAGCCUCAAGCUCUCCGUUCUUCCAGCUACCAACUAUCAUCUUUCACCCUGCCAUUGCUCAGUUCACAGACCAACAAGUAGAAAGAAAUGUUUUGGGCCAUUCUGAUCCUGUCCCCCUUGCAGUUUGAGAUUUUCCCUCCUCCUGUGCUAACAAAGGGCUUCCGGUUCUAGUAACACCUUUUACUCAAUGAUGCCUACUCAGUGCCCAAGUUAUAUAAACAGGCUACCCAGAGAACGAGGGCUGGUCUCCCAGCCCACAUAUUCCAGACCAUUUAACUUUAUAUACCUAUUCUGCCCUUAAGCUCCCAGUCCUGGGAAUGAGGCUGAAGGAGCAGCAAGAGUCAAGGAUUCCUUCUCUUGGGCCAUUCCAGUUGGGCUAGGAACAAGAAAAAAGUAGCCUUUCCCUUUCUCUCCCUUAGACAUCACUGGGGGGCUUCAGAUAGGAGAGGUGGGAGCCAGGUGAAGCCACACUAGAGGAGGAGAGAUGACGAUAGGGACAGUUGGGCAGAGGAGUUGCUGAAAGAUAAGAGAAGUAGACUUUGUGUAGCUGGUUCCUGUAAGGAGCCUCCCAACUUGCCUCCAUCCCUGGGGAGAACCAGCGGGGGGCAUGGAGCUGGAAUGGCUGGAUGGAAGAUCACUAAAGGGGCUGGGUUGCAGAAGGCUGGCAGAGCUGCUAGAGAAGGUGAGCCUAAAGUCCCCCUGUGGAGUGCUGUAGCUCUGAGCCUUCCCAGCCUCAAUAUCUACCUUAAGUGGAUUUCCAGGGACAAGGAGGAGCAGUGGUGCUUCCUGCUCUGGGCCCAGGUCCUUGUCCUCUAGACUGUCCUUGAGGUGAGGUCAGAAUUCCUUGCCCUUUCUCUGCCCUUUAUGAUUCUUCUCAUCCCUGAGGACCUUAUCUUUUGGAGAAUGGGGUGCUGCCCCAGCAUCCAUCCCAUCCUCUUCAUCUAGCCUGUCACUUGCCAACUGGAGAACUUACAGGUUCUGGACAAUUAUCCCCAAGAUGUCAGUGUUCUCCAUCCAGGAUGUCAGCCAUAUGUCUGUGGGGUCUGAGGCGAAGGACAUUUGGAUACAUGACGCUGGAGGAGGGGAGAGAAGGGGGCAUGGGAAAGGGCUAGAGAUUUGGACUGAGUCUCUAAAAGAGGGAGCAGAAAUACCCUGGAAAAGUCAUAGUGACACAGGUGGAAAAUGGUUUGAGGAAAGUUAGCAAAGCUAGGCUCUUAGAAAACUACUGGUGGGAUCUGGGUGGGGGGUGGGUUCCCAAUUCACAGAGAAUGUGGCAGGGAAGGACAGAAACCGAUUCCCAAUACAGAUAGCCCUUGAUUUAAGCAAAUUAAGUAUAUGAUAUAAUUUUAGAGUUGAAAGAGACCUUAGAGAUCACCUCUGUAUGUUCCCAAAUGUGCCAGCAGGUCAGAAUUACCACCCAACCUACUAAAGCAGAAUCUUGAGGUUGGAGAGGAUUCCAAGGUAGCUUAGCAACAAUUACGGAUAUCCAAACCCCAGCUCCUAUUUUACUGUGGAACAGAGGUGACUCGAACAUCAUAUAGCUACCUAGUAGCACUGCAAGAGCCAGGACACAAAAUCCAGAUAGACACAAAUGAUACUAACAUGCUGUACAGAAUGACUCACAAUGGGGGCUCCUUUAAAUGAAAAGUUCCUCAGUGAUUUAAAGUUGUUUAAAAAUUUAUAUUAAAAUUUACCCAACAGCAUAGUUUUAAAACGAUGGAUUGCCAGUAACCCAGUACAUGUUUUUUUUAAUCUUGUAUUUGUUUUUACACACAGUAAAGCUGCUGUGUGUACAGUUUCUAUGAGUUUUAACACAUAAUAGAUUUGGGUAAACCAACACAAUCAGGAUAAAAACAGUUCCAUUACCCGCAAACCCUCUCCUGCUGCUCUUUGUAGUCACACCCUUCCUCCAAUCCUAUCCCUUGGCAACCACUGAUUUGUUCUCCAUUGCUAGAGUUUUGCCUUUCCAGAAUGUUGUAUGAUGAAGUCAUAUAGUGUGUAACCUUUUGAAAGUGGCUCUUUCAUUCGGCUUUAUUUAGCCCUUGAGAUUCACUCUUGAUGUUGUAUGUAUUAAUGGUUCGAUCCUUUUUAUUGCUGAGUUGUAUUCUACUGGUUAUUGUCUGUUUAUCCAUUCACCAGUUUUUGGCAAUUAUGAAAAGAGCUGCUAUAAACAUUCCUAUACACGUUUUUGUGUGAACAUGUUUGUUUCUUUAGCAUGAAAUGGAGUGGGAUUGCUAGGUCAUAUGGUAAGUGUAUACUUAACUUUAUAAGAAAAUGAUAAACUGUUUUCCUGAGUAGCUGUGCCAUUUUGUAUUCCUACCAGCAAAGCAAGAGUUCCAUUUGCUUUGCCUCCUUGCAAGCAGUUGGUAUUGUCAAUUACUUUAUUUCACCCAUUCUAUUGGGUGUGUAAGUACUCUAUUCUAAUAGAUAUUGCAUCAUGAUUUUAAUUUGUAUUUCCCUGGUGACUAAUGAUGUUGAGCAUCUUUUCAUGUGCUUAUUUGCCAUCAUUACAGUCUCAUUAAUAAAGUGUGUAAGUCAGCUAUUUUUCAA